CUUUCCCGACCAACCACACUAGGCCGUUUUCGAAGCCAUCGUCAGUCACGUGAGCGAUGCGGCACCACAUGCACCGUGGACCCCGAACGGCAAGGUGUCACUUUGAUUGCAUUCCCUCUGAACUUGCUAUCCAUCCCAUCGUCCUCAGCUAGGCACUUGCAGACUUAUUAAUAAUAGCAGCCAGCCCUCGACAUGGACUGCGCUUCGCUUCCCCAACAACCCACCACGUAGACCUCUUCGCUCCCCUCUUCUUCUCUACUCAUUGCCCAUCUUUUUGUCAGACCCAUGUCGCUCGCUGCGUCGGGUCGAUUUUGGGCAUGCAACCGACUGCCGCUUCUCCAUGGCGAGUUGCGCUCGCGCCGUUCUGGCAUCUGAUAUGUCUCUGCCUGCUGUGCACGCUCUGCUGGGUGACACCCGCACAUGGCAUGACCGAUAACGCCAUUGCCCAGCUGAGACAGGAAACACUCGACGUCUUCUACCAUGGGUUCGAUAACUACAUGGAGCAUGCCUUUCCCGAGGACGAAUUGCGCCCAUUGUCUUGUACCCCCCUCACGCGCGACCGCCAGAACCCCGCCCACAUAGAAGUGAACGACGUCCUGGGCAAUUAUUCCUUGACCCUGAUAGACAGCCUGUCGACCCUCGCCAUCCUCGCAUCUACACCGUCCCCCACAAGCGACGGCAGGAAUCAGCCGCUCGACGACUUUCAAGAUGGCAUCAUGCUUCUCGUGGAACUCUAUGGCGAUGGCUCGGCGGGCGAGGCGGGGCAGGGCUCCAGAUCCCGGGGAUUCGAUCUGGAUAGCAAAGUGCAGGUCUUUGAGACUGUCAUUCGAGGUGUGGGAGGCUUGCUGAGCGCACAUCAGUUCGCUGUGGGGGAUCUGCCAGUCCGUGGCUAUGAUAGCAGCCCUCGAAGCCAUAUGGGCAGGGAAGGAAUAUUUUGGCCCAACGGCCUGGUCUAUGAUGGUCAGCUCCUUCGUUUGGCCACCGACCUCGCCAAUCGACUCAUGCCUGCGUUCCACACCGUGACUGGCUUGCCUUAUCCCCGCGUGAACCUCCGCUAUGGCGUCCCAUUCUAUGCCAACUCGCCCUACAAUAAUGAUGCUGAAUAUGGUCAGUGCGGAACCACUCCACGAAACGACGCUCACGAGAUCACCGAAACGUGCAGUGCAGGUGCGGGGAGUUUGGUACUUGAGUUUGCCACCCUGAGCCGACUGACGGGGGACUCGCGUUACGAGAUUGCGGCCAAAAAUGCCUUCUGGGCUGUGUGGUCACGCCGAACUAGCAUUGGUUUGAUAGGUGCUGGCAUUGAUGCUGAGACUGGGCAUUGGGUCUCUCCAUAUACGGGUAUCGGUGCGGGCAUCGAUAGCUUCUUCGAGUACUCCCUCAAGUCGCAUAUAUUGUUAUCUGGUCUGCCUUACAACGCCCAGCAUCCCGAGAUGGAUUCACCCGACGCGUUUCUGAGGGCGUGGGAAGAUGCGCACGAAGGCAUCAAGCGCCACAUCUACCGCGGUGCCCACCACCAGCAUCCUCACUAUAUACAAGUAGACGUCUAUACGGGCGCCGUACGCGCGUUCUGGAUAGAUAGUUUAAGUGCUUUCUACCAAGGGCUUCUGGCCAUGGCUGGAGAGCUCGAUGAGGCCAUCGAAACCCAUCUGCUUUACACUGCUUUAUGGGCCCGUUACUCUGCUAUGCCGGAGAGGUGGUCCGCUGCAACGGGCAACAUUGACAGUGGCUUACGUUGGUGGGGAGGUCGUCCCGAGUUCAUCGAGUCGAAUUGGUAUAUAUACCGAGCAACCAAAGACCCUUGGUAUUUGCAUGUCGCCGAGAUGGUCCUUCGCGAUAUCAAACGACGUUGCUGGACCAAAUGCGGGUGGGCUGGGCUGCAGGACGUGAGAACGGGCGAGCUGAACGAUCGCAUGGAGAGCUUCUUUCUCGGCGAGACGGCCAAAUAUCUUUUUCUUACCUUUGAUCCGUCACAUCCUCUCAACACGUGGGACGGGCCAUAUGUGUUUACAACCGAAGGUCAUCCGUUGGUUAUUCCAAACCGUCUGCGUUCUGCCAACAACGCCCCAAAGAAAGAACCCGUUCAUGACUGGCAACCUGCUCCUGGCACCUGUCCAGUUCCUCCCGCGCCUGUUCCGUUUAGCUUUUCCUCGACGGCCGCUCGCCCCGAUGUUUAUCAUGCUGCUAGUCUUGCCCGGCUGCAUAAGAUGCCUACAAGAGACACUCCAGCCUCGCCACUUCUGGAAUUCAGCGCUGAUCACCCCAGUAUAACCAUUUCGGAUGUGCAGUCACCCUCCAACUUCACAUACUUCCCUUGGACUUUGCCACCAGGCCUCAUUCCACAUAAUGCAACUAGUUCCAAGAUGGUAGCGCGUACUACAUUCGACUUGUCGUUUCCAAAUCUCCCCAACAGCGUGCAGGGUAUUGGCCUAGAAAGAGUUCAAGAAGGUAUCCUUGUCAAUUCUAUGAGCGGUUUGAGGCUUGGUAUGGUAAAGGAGCCCGAAAUACUUCCCUGGGACGUGGAGCUUACAUUGGACGGUCACUACCGCAUCUACUCGAUCUCAAAUGUAGCUUUGGGCCGCGAUGAGAAAGUGUACAUGUCGCGUAAUACAAUCGACAGUAUUAACCCAGUCGAUCCCUUCUUCACUCGUACUCGCGACGGGCACACCCUGGACCUGAUCAUGGACAUUCCCCCCGAACCUGUCCUAGCCACCCCAACUUCAGACCCCCUCUCGGAAUAUAUAGACGAUGAAGUCAGCGACCUGGGUAACAUGAGCGAUAUGAAAAUCAUUGAUCUGGAUAUAGAUCACGAAGAUCUCGACGGAGGUGAACCAUCCUACCUUUCCAACCUCCUCCAGUCUUUGCAAGCCUUGCUUGCUGUGCCAUCCAAUUUACCCACAGCUGCGUCGUCCAACAAUUUCCCGCCAAAGCAGACACAGCGCCUCGCUGUUGGCGGCACACUUCCAAUCGGCCCAGGAUCUGCGCCAUUACCCGACACCUCCGACCCAGAGCCCACCUAUAGCUCGACGAACGCACUCGUAUGGUCCUCCGUCUAUAUACACCAUGACACACUUUGCGAUGAGCGUCUGCCAAUUGACAUUCCAAAGAGUCAUCAAGUUAUAGUUAUUCGCCGUGGAGGCUGCUCAUUCUCAGCAAAGCUUAGGAACAUUCCGGCGUUUCCACCGACACGCUCCAGUCUGAAACUCGUCAUCAUUGUGAGCUAUCCCGAACACGAGCAGCAGGAGUAUGACUCGGAAGAUCAAGACGAGACAGGGGGUACUCAGAAGCGCGCUACAGGGACCGCCUCCAGUGAUCAGUCGUCAGGUCGUUCUUCCGUUCACAUAGGACUCGUUCAGCCAUUGCUUGACGAGACUCAGUAUACGCCUACGGGUCUGGAGCGCGCGCAUCCUAUCCCACUCAUAAUGGUUGGGGGCGGUGAUGAAACGCUGGGGUUGUUAAGGAAGUGCAAGGGACUAGGUGUCCGGAGGAAGUAUCAUUUUUCGAGCCAGGGAGUUCGGAUAUCAAACCUCAUCGUACUGUAA